AUGGGCAGCAUCAGCACCGGCACCGCUAAUAACAUGUCUUUUGGAGACUUCUUGAAACACGAUGAAGUUUGGAUUCAACAGAUUCUGCCAUUUCUUGGACUGGGCCAUUAUGCUUUUAUUGGACCAGUCAACAAGAAGAUGAAUAGACUCUACAAAGAAUAUUGGAGCCACAAGGGGCGCCCAGCAGGAAGCACAGGCACACUUUACAGCGCCGCAUUCGCCACUGUGUCCUGUGCUGAAUAUUGGCUCAGGGACAGUUCCAGCAAUAAGGAACCAAGACCUCCUCAUGUUUUGAAGGCUAUUGCCAAGGCUGGAAACCUUGUGGUCAUUCAAUGGGCAUGGCAACAUGGUUUCCCAUGUGAUGAGGAUACAUUUGAAGCAGCUGCUGGAAAUGGACACUUGGAAGUUCUCCAAUGGUUGUGUGACAAUGGUUGCCCAUGUUACCAAUGGACAUGUAGAGCAGCUGCCCUAAAUGGACAUCUGGAACUCUAA